GCACAUAGUUAAUCUACAUAUUUCGUCCUCUAUAUUGUUCCGUUUAUGUUUUUAAUGAAAAAACAACUCCCACGCUCUUUUUUUUUCUUCUUCUCACGCGUAGCUAUAUAUUUAAGAGAAAGUAAAACCGCAAAGCGAAGGUAAUUCACCCUCACCCCUUCGGCUAUUCCUCGCCCCCUUCCCUUCUCGAGGAUUCGCGUAAUCGUCACCAUGCGCCGCCCGUGGAGGCACUCGGGCCCAGGGUCCGCCGUCGCGGCGCGCCACGGCGCCGCGGACCUCUGCCUCCGCGAGGUCGGGGACCUCCUGCCGCGACGCUUCGCCCGCCGCGCGGCCGGUUCCGAGGACCUUGUAAUGCGGCUCCAGAUUCACCGGAAGCUUGACAGGCACACGGGCUGCGUCAACACAGUGGGCUUCAAUGAGGUCGGUGACACCCUCAUAUCGGGGUCUGAUGAUCAGAAGGUGAUGCUGUGGGACUGGGACACUGGCACCGUCAAAUUAGAGUUUCAUUCAGGACAUGGCGGCAAUGUGUUCCAGGCACGGUUCAUGCCCUGCUCAGACGAUCGGACCAUUGUCACUUGUGCUGCUGAUGGCGAGGUGAGGCUUGCCAAGAUACAGGAUGCUGGAGACGUGUCCACAACAUUGCUUGGUGAACAUGAGGGAAGGGCUCACAAUUUGGCUAUAGAGCCUGGUAGUCCUUACAUUUUCUACAGCUGUGGUGAGGAAGGCUUUGUUCAACAUUUUGAUCUCAGAACAAACACAGCCUCAAAACUAUUUCUUUGCAGAAACUCCACUAAAUCAGUAUACUCAUCUCUUGUUCACCUAAAUGCGCUUGCAAUAGAUCCGAGGAACCCAAAUCUUUUUGUUGUUGGAGGAAGCGAUGCAUAUGCUCGUGUGUAUGACAUUCGCAAGUGCAAGUGGGAUGGAUCAUCUGAUUUUAGUCACGCAUCUGACUGCUAUUGCCCACCACAUCUUGUUGACAAUAAGAGUGUUGGAAUAACAGGGAUUGCAUUCUCUCACCUGAGUGAGUUGCUUGUAUCUUACAAUGAAGAGAAUAUUUACCUAUUCUCUAAGGAUGGAGGGCUGGGACCUGACCCCAAAAAAUCUGUUAGGAUUGGAGCAAUUGAAGGGUGCAAAUCAACAAUGCUAGCAUCUGGACAUGAUGUUUCUCAACCUGCACCUCAGACAUACGUCGGUCAUGUUAAUCGUGAAACGGUGAAGCGUGUGUCUUUCAUUGGGCCAAAUGAUGAAUAUGUUGCCAGUGGGUCAGACUGUGGCCGGAUCUUUAUUUGGAGAAAGGGAGAUGGGAAGUUUCUACGAGCCAUGGAGGGUGAUGAGUGCAUUGUGAAUUGCAUUGAGCCUCAUCCUCAUGCUAUGGCAAUCGCGAGCUGUGGAAUUGAUAAUGAUGUAAAAGUUUGGACUCCCUCUGCGAUUGAGCGGGCACCUAUGAUACAUGUUGAUGAGUUGAGACCUCGCAAGAGAAGAGCCAAGCUCUGGCGCUUUGGCAUACGAGACCUGUUGAUCCAACAGAUACUGGUAUCGGAAAAUAGGCAACAGUCAGCUGAAGAAGGCUCAUCAGAGGACCAUGAGGACAACAUAGAAUUACUUGAUCUAGUGCUACAGGCUGCAGUUGAAGGUGUAUCAUCAUCAUCAGACGAGGAGGAGGAGGACGACGACGACGGCGAUAAUGAGGAGGCGGCGGCCUCUGAUGGCUCUGAAUAGUAGUCAACCGAUCUUUCAGGGUUGUUUCAAAUUGUAAAUAUACAAUAAUAAGCCAUCACUCUUCUCAUGUAUUAUAUAAUAGAACUAUGAUUUAUUAGCUUGUCAUUUCUAUGUUAUAAAUCUGCUUUUAGUAUGCUACUUUAAUGAAAAAAUUGGGCUAACCAAAUUGUGUGCUAUGUUAUGAAAAUCUGAAAUGGUGUUGCGUCAUA